GCUGUUGAAUGAUCUGCUAACACCAGCAGUUUUCUGCAGUGGCGUAGUAAAUCUGAUGCAGACAGCACCGUGCGGGUUAUAUAACACUACUCCUCUUUUGGCAGCUUCAGCGCCACAGCUUCAAACAAUUACCCCAUCUAUCUCUUCCCUCCGAGCGAGCGGUAGCAAGCGAAGCUUUGAAUCGGACUCCUAGCUCACCGACCCAGGCACGCUGUACCCCUCCUCCUUUUUCCUCCGGCUCUUUUCCUGUUUGCUCCUCCUUCUCUCCCUCCCUGCUUCACUUUCUAACCCUCUUGCGCCUUCUCAUCUUUCUCUUCUCUUGCCUGUGGAUGCCCUCCUCACGUACAGAAUGGACUCGGGAGGGGAAGGAGGAGAGGGUUGGAUGGAGGACCAGUGGGAAAAAUGGCUGACUCAUGACAUCAGUCUGGACGAGUUUGAGGAUGAUGACCUCUCAGAGAUUACAGAGAUCACCGACGAGCGUGGAAUGAGCCUCAACUGCAACGGCCCUGAUAUUAAAGGCCGUGUGAGGCGAGGAACCAGUAGCAUGUCGGGGAGGGUGGAACUGGGAGCAGUUGGCCAGUUUCAGGCAGAGAUGCUGCAUUUGGAACUCAUUGACGGUGCUGACGGUUACCGCGGUGAUAAAGACACCUCGAAGGCAUCCGCUGUUGCAAGUGCGCCAGUCACCAAGGACUCUGGAGCACCUGUUACCAUGGAUACAUACCGACCCAAAAGACCUACGACCCUUAACCUCUUCCCUAUUGUGCCUCGUUCACAGGACACAUUAAACAACAACUCAUUCGGAAAGAAAUACAGCUGGCAGGAAAAGGUUUCAGGCUCGUCCUCCCCUCUUAAAACAGGUGACCUCACACCUCCAAGAGAGCACAGCUGUCUGAGCGACGAGGACAAGGUGCAGGGUGGGGCCGCACAGACCAAAGACAGAGGAACCUCCACCGACGCCCCCUGCAGACACAGCCACUCCUCGGGGCGCUCGCAUAGCUCAAGCUCAGGGGCUGCAACUCGCUCCAAGCUGCAGGAGAAACCACCCCAACCACCACCGCCGCAGAACUACACACCCGCUCCUCUGUACCCAACGGGUAAGACGGACAGCUCGGGCCACCGAGAAAAGAUUCGCCACCAGGCGGAUGUUCAUCUGGAACCCACAGAGGAGAUUUAUCUGACUCCAGUGCAACGAUCAGCGGACCCGUUGGAACCCCCCAAUGUUCAGGAGCGACCUUUUCUCUCGCAGCAGACUGAGCAAGGGCGCAUGUCCAUAAGCUCUGAUACAGAGGGACCGCCUCCUUAUCAGCCCCUCCCAGACCGGACCAACCCCUCCAUUUUUGAGGAGGACGAGCUCUACGUCCCUCCACCUUCCUAUGCUUCCUGUGUAGAGUCUCUCAUCACACCACCCAACAUGGCUGUUUCAGCACAAGGCUCUGUCGCACUAGACCUCAGCCUGAAGGGGACAGGAGCAGGUGCCAUGCUGAGGGCUGGCUCAUCGGUAGAAUAUGUGGACGCCACCGAUGACAGCUACUGUGGUGAGGAUGAGGAUGUAGACAGAAUAAUGAUGGACAGGAAGAUGAAAAAGACAGCAGGAAAUGGAGACGGUGGUGGCAGUAAACCUGCCAUACUAAGGACUACCAUGAGCUCCGAAGCCAGUAGCCUAACAUAUGACUCGGUGAAAUACACACUAGUGGUGGACGAACACGCUCAGCUGGAGCUUGUCAGUCUCAGACAGUGUUACCAAGGCUACAGUGAUGACAGUGACUCAGCCACAGUCUACGAUAACUGCGUCUCCUCUCCAUAUGAGUCGGCCAUCGGGGAAGAGUACGAGGAAGAUGAAGACGAGGAACACGACCAACAGACCGGAGCAGCGCAGAGGGAAGCCACAGCUUGCCUCUCUGAAGACUCAACACCAGAAGAAGAUCUGCAUUUCUCCAAGAAGUUCCUUAAUGUCUUCAUGAAUGGUCGUUCUCGCUCUUCUAGUGCUGAGUCCUUUGGUUUAUAUUCUUGUAUCAUAAAUGGGGAAGAGAAAGAUCAGACCCACAGAGCAGUAUACAGGUUUGUGCCUCGACAUGAUGAUGAGCUGGAGUUGGAGGUGGAUGACCCGUUGCUGGUGGAGGUCCAGGGAGAGGAUUACUGGUACGAGGGUUACAACAUGCGAACUGGUGCGCAUGGAAUCUUCCCCGCUUACUACGCCAUAGAGGUGAACAAGGACACUGACUGCUACAAAGUUAAGAGCAGUGAGUGGAUGGACAGAUACCGCUUGAAGUUCCUUGGCUCAGUCCAAGUGCCGUAUCACAAAGGAAAUGAUGUUCUGUGUGCAGCCAUGCAGAAGAUUGCCAACAACAGACGAAUGACAGUCAAGUUCAACCCACCGUCCUUCUGUGUCCUGGAGAUCAGCGUCAAAGGAAUUAAGCUUGCAGUUCAAGAGGAUUAUUAUGCUUCUGACAGAAGUAACGAGUGCAGUCACUUCUUCCAAUUAAAGAAUGUUUCUUUUUGUGGCUACCAUCCUAAAAACAGCAAGUAUUUUGGUUUUAUCACUAAGCACCCAGCAGAUCAGAGAUUUGCCUGCCACGUAUUUGUGUCUGAAAACUCCACCAAACCUCUUGCCGAGUCAAUUGGGAAAGCAUUCCAGUUGUACUACAAAGAGUUUGUAGAGUUCUCGUGUCCAACAGAAGACAUUUACCUGGAGUAACCCCGCCUUUGACCACAGCCUUGUACAGUACACUGUAUCAUAACAUAAAUGUGCAUGAAGGACAAAUAUUUAAAAGGGAAUAAGAAGAACAAUGACUCUAACAUCUCUAACAAACAUACAAUGACUAUUUAAAACCCCUUAGCUGUCAUAAGGACACCGGUGUCCUCAUGGACAUGCAAGUAUUUUCAGGGUGACAAUUAAGGGGUUAACAUUUGUGCAGGAGCAGGGGAUGGAAAUGAGUCAAAGGAGAAUAACAUUAUGCAAAGGUGAGAGUUUGAAGGUGUAGUCCAUAAAUGCAAAGCACAAUUGAUGUACUUCUGCAGCAGUGGGAACAAUACUUAGCCUGUAGCAGCAGCUCCGUCAUGAGAGCACUAGAUUACUUCACAUUUCAAAUGCACCUAAGGCAAAAAAUAGUAUCUUACUUCCGG